AUGACGUCCCGAAAAACGCAGCAGGAGAUCGAUAAGACCUUCAAGAAGGUCGCGGAGGGCAUCGUAACAUUCGAAGGCAUCUACGAGAAGAUCCGCUCCGCGACGAACCCUACCCAGCGGGAUAAGCUCGAAGAGAACCUGAAGCGCGAGAUCAAGAAGCUCCAACGAUAUCGAGAUCAGAUCAAAUCAUGGGCAUCUGGAAAUGAGGUGAAAGACAAAGGUCCGCUGCUUGAGCAGCGCAGAGCCAUCGAGACCUGUAUGGAGCAAUUCAAGGCUGUCGAGAAGGAAAUGAAGACGAAAGCAUACUCCAAGGAAGGCUUGUCGGCAGCGUCGAGAUUAGAUCCCAAGGAGAAGGAGAAGUUGGAAACCUGCGACUUCCUGUCGAACAUGGUCGACGAGCUACAGCAGAGAAUCGAGGCUAUGGAAGCAGAGGAGGAGACGUUACAUAUGCAGAUGAAGAAGGGGAAGAAGGACGUGGCCAAGACGAAUCGCUUAUCAGAUAUUUCGCGGAUAACGGAACGUCAUAAGUGGCACGUCAACAAACUGGAAUUGUUGUUACGGUCGCUGCAGAACGGCAACGUCGAGACGCAUCAAGUACUGGACCUGAAGGAGAGUAUCAAGUACUAUGUCGAGGAUGGGCAUAACUUGGACUACUCGGGCGAGGACGAGACCCUAUACGAUGAUCUGGACAUGGACAAUGAGGCGGAGAUGCAGUUCGGCAUCGCAGGCGACAACGACCGCGUAUCGUCGCAAGAUACCCAGUCGAUCCAAGAAGAGGAGCCCGAGACGGUCAAAUCGAAAACGAAGAGCGAUAGUACUGGGCCUCGACGACCAUCCGCGCAGAUGAAGUCCCCUCUUCCCGUGCUGGCCACCCUUCACCCCGCAACCUCGACAAGUGCCACCUCCGGAAUGAAGCCCGCUCCCCCUCCAACGCGCCUGCCUGGAGAAACACUCAAGUACGCCUCGGCGGCCGCGGCGGCCGCUGCCAGUGACAAGAACGGAGUGGGAAUUGCACCUCUACCGCCACCGCCAGGCGCGAGCCCCGCUUUCCCGCACGCCGUACCUGUAUCCAAGCCUUCCACCUCCACGACCGCAUCCCCCAGCGUCGCUCCUGCACAGCCCGUGUUGAAGUCGGCGUCGGGGGUCACGAUAGCAGGCGAGGAGCCGAGUAGCCGUCACAAGACCCCUGUUGAAAGUCCGCACGUGGCUAGCGCGAGCACUUCGCGAGGCAUGCCGCAGACCCCCGCCAUGGAUAAGGUUGAGGCCUCGACUAGCAGCAGCAGCAAAUCACGGCCCACAACCAACGGUGAUUCAAGCAAGGAGGACUCGCGCGAUGGCGAGGAAUCCAUCUAUCACCUCCCUCCGGGGCUGCAAGAUCUUAUUCAGUCCUUCGAAGUGACGAAGAGCCGUGCCGCGGCCAGUGCGACCAACCCGUCCCCGUCGGUGCAGCGUCUGUUGGCGGCCUCCCUUGCCAAUUGCCCUGAGCCCGCUGACGCGGAGAAACCCCGGCACUACAAGCCACAGAACCCGUACAACACUCCUCUCUACUACCCCCAGGAACCUCUCCCUAUCUUCGACGAUCCGCGUCUUUACGACACGGGUCGUAUCGACACGGACACUCUGUUCUAUCUCUUCUACUACCGCCAGGGCUCCUACCAGCAGUACCUGGCUGCCAAGGCAUUGAAGAACCAGAGCUGGCGGUUCCACAAGCAGUACCAGACAUGGUUCCAGCGCCAUGAGGAGCCCAAAACUAUUACCGAAGAGUUUGAACAGGGAACCUACCGCUUCUUCGAUUACGAGAGCACCUGGAUGAACCGUCGUAAAGCGGAUUUCAAGUUUGUCUACAAGUACCUUGAGGACGAACUAUAG